AUGGAUAAACUAAAUAAAUCACUUGAAUUUUUAAAAUUACUUUCAACAACAGUAUCAAAAAUAUUAAUAAUCAAAGGUAACAAUGAAAACUAUUUUAAAUUAGUUAAAGCUACUGUGGAAACAUUAUUUACAACAUGUGACGAAAAUGAUUAUAAUGUACGAGUGACUGCUGAAGAAAAUCUUAAUGAAUUUGUUACAAAUUUAAAAGAAGCAGAUUUAACAAGAAUUCAAGUUGAAUUAUAUCGAAUUAUAAAACAUAAUCCUAAUGUUGGACCAAAUGCUUUAAAAGGUUAUUUUUAUAAUAAGGAUUUUUUUAAAAUUUCGAUUAGGUGUUCUGUGGUGAUUUGCCGAAUUAGCAAAUGUAAUACAUCCGAAAAAGAUUCAACCAUUUUAUCAGAAUAUUAUGAACUUAUUUUUCGUAGUCUUGGUCGACCGAUUAAUGAUAAAGAAAUUAAAGAAAAUCAAUUACUUGAACAUCAAAACCAAAAUGCUAAUACACAUUUAAUAAUUGAUUAUCUUGAUUUAAUAAAAAAAAUGAUUCAAUUACUUCGUUAUUCAAAUUUAUUUGAUUUUGAACAAUUAUUAAUUUCAAUUCAAAUUGGAUCUAUAGAAAAAACUUGUGUUAGUGAAGCCUUAAAAACAGAUAUUACAUAUCUUUUAUCUUUAUGUGAAUACGGUGAUCUACAUUUACGUGGUGCAUGUGCAAAUUUACUUGUUACAUUAAUUAAAACAACAAUUCAUCUUUUACCACUAUCAUCAUUAUCAAAUUCAUUUCAUAGUUCUUUUAUUAAUCAACGUUCACUUGUAUCAACUGAUUCACAAGACAGUUCAAGUUAUGCAUUUACAAUCAUAGGAAUUAAAUUAUUAGAAGAUUCUAUUCAACAUACUAUAAGUUCCUCUACUCUUGCUCAAUUUGCUCUAGUUCAACUUAUGGAUGAUAUUGAUUUUCGAAGAUUAACUUAUCUUGAACAACAAUUAAAACAACAGUACCCUGAUAUACAUGUUCGUCAAGCAAUUGCUUCGACUUUUGCUAAAGAUUCAUCAACAACAUCAAAUACAGACAAAGAUAAAAAAGUUAAUCGUACGCAAUUAGGUACUUUUGGAAAUUAUUCGAAUUAA